AUGGUACAGUGGACCGAUGCCAUUUCUGAUAUUGUUAAAACGUUGUCGUCGUCCGAUGUCACUGCGUCGUAUUUAGUUGAUGUUCUUAGAUUUAUUUCCGAGGAAUCUUACAAAAUAAAGAAUGCAAACGCUCAAAAUCUCGCUAGAAUAUUUAAUUGUCUUGCCAGUUGGUGGGACAACACAGGAAUUAUGACGGAGAGCGAUGUUCGCGUUUCACCACUCCUUGAGGCGGCAUUUUAUGUGCUUCAGCAACCAGAAACAUAUCCUGAGGCAACUUAUAAUGCAGCCAUGGAAUGGAUUCUAGCAUUACUUUACUCAUGCACUACAAUUUCGGGCUACCGAAAUGAGCUUCUGAAAUUGUUGCAGACCAACAUUUAUCGUCUGCUUGAUGUCCUCCGACAGUGUUCGCUGCAGGCAUCGAAAGCUGCCGACAAUUCCAUGGCUGAAUGUUCGGUGUAUGUCGAUCGAGUAUCAAGCAUUGCUCAAAUUUUCGAUUCACUUGCGCGGACUGUAAGAACCGCACUGGUAUAUAGUCCUACACCCCCUGGCUCCGGUGAGUUUGGCGAUUUGCACACACUAGACUGCCUUCUUGCUGUGCUGGAAGCUCCACCGCCUGCUGGUUGUCGGGCAACUGCACUUCACACCUUUUAUGCUCUUCAAUCGUUGGCCGAUGACGCUGCCCGACACCACACCAAUUUGACCCCAUCCCCGGGUCGACAGAACCCGUCUGCGUCCCCUGCAGGCGACAUGGCCUCCAACGCCAACUCCCGCCCCGCCACAUCUCUCCUAAUUCCUUACUUCACUCGUGUUGUCGUCGCGUUGACGCGUUACUGCCCCAGCAAUGCAGAGGACCUCGAGGCAGCUGAAGAUCUUCAGGCGUUUCGUGAUGAUGCUCAUGGCUUAAUGCAGGAUAUUGUCGAUCUUGUUGGUGCUGACACCAUCUUUGUGGAGCUAUACGAGCACAUUCGACAGCUGCAGGAAAUGAACUCCCUUGGCACUGCAGUCAAUGUUUUCCGCGAAGCCGAAGCCUGCCUCUUUAUGCUAACAACUGUUGCCAAACGCCUUUCCCCCCACGACCCAGAGGGCCGCAUCGCGUCGCUCAUCUCCACCCUUGUCCUGCCCGGCCUCGCAGCGGUGCCGCCGCCUCCGCUUCAGGAGGUGGGCUGCCUCCUCUACGCUGAGCUCUCGCACUGGGUAGCGUGUCACCCAGACAUUCGACGGCAAAUCGUUGAACAGCUAAUUCAGAUCGUCGAAAGGGCCGCGGGUGUGCCUGCUGCCCAGUUACAGGCAAGUUCGCGCAUGCUUUUGUGGUGCGGCUCUGUGCUCCCUGGCCAAAAGCGGGCCGUAGGUGCGGCCAUCGCUGCUCUCGGAAGUCUUUGCAAAGUGUACCGGCCUUUGUCAGUUCCGGUUGUCAACGCAUCCUCUAACGGGACCGGAACGGGAACCACCAGUUUGCUGGACGAGCACUGGAAGGAUCUAAUCUUCCGUGUGGUCUACUCCCUACCCCGCCUGUCCUGGGUUCCGGUUAACGACGCCAUCGAUUUCUUCGAGGGUGUCUGUCGCGGUCUCAUGGCGUCCAUUGUCUACGCCCCGUCGACCAACAUCCCCACGGACCCUCGGCCGGCUCGUGCGGCCCUCCCCGAACGACUGGCCCAGUUGGCCUCGGUCAACGUAGAGUGCAUUUCAAAACUUAUAGAACAGAACCAGCCAAUAGAAGGCGUGGACACCUUGUCGGACCCCUGUGUCUGGCUGGACUACCUGUCGACCAUCUUCCGUUCGCUGCAGAACCUCGUUUCACGCCUCGACGACGCCUACCGGCGAAGCCGUUUGAACAGUGUCUCCACGGAUCAGGUUGAGCAGCAGCGACAAGCCGAAGUGAACAGUCUGGGGGAGUCGGCUGAGGCCUGCUUGCAAGGCUGUCUAAGUGUCGUCACAAACAUUGUUUGGCCCGUCAUUGGCCGGGCCUUGGAGCACUACGGGAGCAAGGUGCGCCCGAUGGAGCGGUGCUGUCGCGUUAUUCGAUUCAUGGCACGCUCCUUAUCCGUCAACCUUAGGGAAAUUCUUCCCGACAUCGCGAAUAAGCUGGUGCAGGCCUUCCAACAAGGACACCACUCGUGUUUCCUUUACCUCGCCGGUGUGUUGGUGGAUGUGUUCGGCGACCUUCCAGACUGCCGGCCGGGGCUUGUCGGACUCUUCGAGGCCUUGGCUCCGCCCACUCUCGCUGCUCUGUCAUGCAACCUCGCCGAGCAGCCACACACCAUAGAGGAUUUCUUCCGCCUGUGUGUUCGUCUCGUGCAGCACUGCGCACCCGCCUUCCUCUCCAGUCCCAAUGUUGAUCUAUACGCCUUAUUGGACACCGCUUUGCGCUCCCUUGACCUACUGACUCUCGCCGCGGCCGGGUCAGGUGCUGGGGACCGCGACACAAACCAGUCCAACGGCAACAACGGCGCUGGCAGUUCAAAGGCCGGCUCUUCGGCCAGCACCGCCGCUGCUAGAUUCCUCUUGGAGGCCUUGAUCUUCACCACAGAGGCCUCCGAAGACUCUCCCGCUGCAAUCGUGAGUGUGAACGACGCCUCGGCCCUUCCGCCCGCCACCUCUGAGGGUAGUGUUGGAGCUAGGCGUCUCCUCUUUUGGCUGCUUAAACCGACAGAGCUGUGUGGCGGACAGCGUCUCACGACUUCCUGUGUCCACAGUUGUUGCUUGGGUUUGUUGGAGGAUCGAUUUCCUGACAUGGCUGAACUCUUGCACCGUUUGAAAAUAGUCAUGCCACGAGAGAUCUUUGCGCGGUGGUUGGACUGCGCACUGGCGAGCCUGCCAGUCAGGAGAGCCGACGGUCUGGUGCAGGCGACCGACGAACAGAUAGCCGACUUCAAGAACUCCGUUAUGAAUGCCUCCCGCACGAACGGCAUCAUCCACGCGCUCGACGCAUUUGUAGUGCUUUUCCGCUAG